GACAAACCAGGAUGAGGAAAAAAACAAAAUGGCGUUUGACGGAGAAGGCGUUAUUAUUGUCAUAAUAAAGCUUUUUUUAUCAGUGCAUAUAUUUACUCGCAUAUGUCGUUUAAUUGAGUAAACGUCGUUAAUACGUGUUUGUAUCCAGAUACAUUAGUCUGAGCGUACUUUGACGCGUCUCGCGUAAACUUUGCUUGCUGGUUAGCUUAGCUUGUUAGCUGCUAAGAAAGAGAGGCGGAAGUUAUCAACACAUCGCUAAGCAGAGAUCAAGUGUGAGUGUAAAGUGUUGUGAUUGUGUGAAAAUGUGCGAAAGAACGAUGGCAGAGUACGAGGAGGAACUUUGUCAAGCAAAAGAGGAGAAGGAGCGACAACAUCAACUACUGUACGCUGUUUUCAAGAAAGAUCAAGUUGUGGUACACAGAACAGACCCCCAUUGAAUGUGCCAGAGUGUCUGCACAUUUUACCGGCGAUGCUAAGACAGACAUGGCACAGAGAUGUAUGGGUAACCUGCAGAUGCAUUUGCAACGAUUAAGUCAACGGAAUCACAAAGACGUCCAGGAGCAUCCCCACAUUAAAGAGAAAGAUCCACAUCCCCAUUGUGUAAAAAAGGAGGAGGAGGAGCCAGAGCCAUCACACAUUAAAAAGGAAGAGGAGGAAGUGUGGAUCAGUUGGGAGGGAGAGUGUCUUCUAAGGCAGGAGGAGGCUGAUCUCACCAACUUUCCAUUGACUGUUGUCUCUGUGAAGACUGAAGAGCAUGAAGACAAACCACCUAAGUCCUCACAGCUUCACCACAGUCCAAACGUCCAGCAGCUGGUUGGUCCACAAGAAGAACAUCCCCUCCAGUCUCUGCGGGGUAGCUUCACUUUGAAACAGGAGGACACAAAACCCCCCCACUUUAAAUAUGAAGAGGAGGAACUUGGGGUCAGUCACGAGGGAGAAUGUCUUUUAGGGCAGCAGGAGGCUGAUCUCACCAAGUUUCCACUGACUGUUUUUUCUGUGAAGACUGAAGACCUAGAAGACAAACAACCUGAGUUCUCACAGUUUCAUCACAGUAGUAGUAAGCAGAUCAUAGAGGUGGAACCUUCAAGCAGCAGUUCAACUCAACACAUGACAACAGAAGCUGAUGGAGACCACGGUGGAGGAUCACAAGCAGACAACCUUUUAGCUCCACUAUCAGAUAGUGACGACAUAACGUCAGACGUUGCUGUAACCAUGGAAUCACCCAUGCGAACACACACAGGAGAAAAACCCUUUGGUUGUUCAGUAUGUGCAAAAGGGUUUUUUCAAAGAUCUCAUUUAACUCGACACAUGCGAUUACAUACAAGAGAAAGACCUUUCAGUUGUUCAGUUUGUGCAAAAGGAUUUUUUCAAAGCUCUCAUUUGACUCAACACAUGCGAACGCACUCAGGAGAAACACCCUUCAAAUGCUCCAACUGUGGAAAAGGGUUCUCUCAAAAAAGAGCAAUGUUGUCACACAUGAAAACACACACAGGAGAAAAACCUUUUAAAUGUUCAGUGUGUAGUAAAAGAUUCUAUGACAAGCGUAAUAUGCUAAUACACAUGAGAACACACACAGGGGAAACCCCCUAUAGUUGUUCUAUUUGUACAAAAGGAUUUGUUCGAAACUGUAGUUUGACAAAACACAUGAGAAUACACACAGGAGAAAAACCAUUCAGUUGUUUGGUUUGUGCAAAGGAUUUUUUAAGAAGAACUAGUUUGACCCGACAUAUUAAAAUACACACAGGAGAAAAACCUUUUAAGUGUUCAGUGUGUGAUGAAAGAUUUUCUAACAAAAGUAAUAUGCAAAUACACACGAGAACACACACAGGAGAAAACCCUUUCAAGUGUUCCGUUUGUGGAAAAAGCUUUAUUACAAACUCAAAUUUAACUCGUCACAUGAGAACACACACUGGAGAAAAAACUUAUAGUUGUUCAGUGUGUGGUGAGAAAUUGUCUUGCAAACUUCAUAUUCAGGCACACAUGAAAACACACACAGGAGAAAAAACCCUCAGUUGUUCAAUGUGCGGUAAAAGAUUCUCUGACAAAUGUGAAGCGCAAAAACACAAUAGAACCCACACAGGUGAAAAACAUUUCAGUUGUUCAGUGUGUGGGAAAAUAAUCUCUGACAAGCGUAAUAUGCUAAGACACAUUAGAACACACACUGGAGAAAAAUCCUAUAGUUGCUCAGUUUGUGCAAAAGGUUUUUAUAAAAACUCUGAUUUGACCCAACACAUGAGAACGCACACAGGAGAAAAACCUUUUAGUUGUUCAGUGUGUGCUAAACGAUUCUCUGACAAACGCAAUAUGCAAAGACACAUGCGAACACACACGGGAGAAUAACUUUUCCUUUUUUGGAAGUCCUCUUGGCUACACUACUUCUGCAGAGUCAUUAUGAUCUAUUGCAGGGUUCCGCUAUAGUCUAGACUUUGGUACCCGGGCCAUGUCAGUGGCUACUCAGCCAGCCCAUCUUAUGUUAAUAAAUGUUAUGCAUCUAUUGCAUAGGAUUAGAUAUCAAUUAUUGAAUACUCAAGGUAUGGGUUCAGCAGGUUUAGCUUGUAGAUGCCAACAACUCACAUGAGAGCCCGGAGGUGAAGUUUCUCCUUUUCAUCCACUGGCUUCCCCACUCAGCAGCGCAAGAGGUCUUAAAGGCCUACUGAAUUGAGAUGUUCUUAUUUAAACGGGGAUAGCAGGCCCAUUCUAUGUGUCAUACUUGAUCAGUUCGCGAUAUCGCCAUAUUUUUGUUGAAAGGAUUUAGUAGAGAACAUCAACGAGCGGUAUAGCUCGGUUGGUAGAGCGGCCGUGCCAGCAACUUGAGGGUUGCAGGUUCGAUCCCCGCUUCUGUCAUCCUAGUCACUGCCAUUGUGUCCUUGGGCAAGGCACUUUAGCCACCUGCUCCCAGUGCCACCCACACUGGUUUAAAUGUAAAAAUUUGAUAUUGGGUUUCACUAUGUAAAGCGCUUUGAGUCACUAGAGAAAAAGCGCUAUAUAAAUAUAAUUCACAAUUCACAACGAUAAAGUUUGCAACUUUUGGUCGCUAAUAAAAAAGCCUUGCCUUUACCGGAUGUAGCAGACGAUGUGCGCGUGACGUCACUGGUUGUAGGGCUCCUCACAUCCUUAAUAAUCAAAGUCAGCAGCAGGUAGAGCUAUUCGGACCGAGAAAGCGACAAUUUCCCCAUUAAUUUGAGCGAGGAUGAAGGAUUCAUGGAUGAGGAAAUUUAGAGUGAAGGACUAGAGAAAAAAAAGGCAAUUGCAGUGAGAGCGAUUCAGAUGUUAGUAGACACAUUUCCUAGGAUAAUUCUGGAAAAUCCCUUAACUGCCUAUUGUUUUAGUGAGAUUAUACAGUACCUAAAGUCGGAGGGGUGUGGCCACGGGUGUAUUGACGCCAAAGUCUCUCAGGGAAGUCAUGCGCUGCAGCAGGACGAAGCUCCACUGGUGUCUCCGUUAAGACCACACUUUUCUCACCGAAAACUGCCGGUGGACAUUUGGUCGGGAUCCAUGUUCGCUUGACCGCUCUGAUCCAUAGUAAAGCUUGACAUUUGGGAAUUUUAAACAAAGAAACACCAUGUGUUUGUGUGGCUAAAGGCUAAAAGCUUCCCACCUCCAUCUUUCUACUUUGACUUCUCCAUUAUUAUUUGAACAAAUUGCAAAAGAUUCAGCAACACAGAUGUCUAGAAUGCUGUUUAAUUAUGCAAUUAAAGGGGAACAUUAUCACCAUUUUAGAAGGGUUAAAACCAACAAAAAUCAGUUCCCAGUGGCUUAUUUUAUUUUUCGAAGUUUUCUCCAAAAUUUUACCCAUCAUGGAAUAUCCUGAAAAAAGGCUUUAAAGUGCCUGAUUUUCGCUAUCUGUAAAUCCACCGCCCAUUUUCCUGUGACGUCACAUAGUGACGCCAAUACAAACAAACAUGGCGGAUAGCACAGCAAGAUAUAGCGACAUCAGCUCGGAUUCAGACUCGGAUUUCAGCCGCUUAAGCGAUUCAACAGAUGACGCGUGUAUUGGAACGGAUGUUUGGAGUGUGGAGGCAGAUAGCGAAAACGAAAUUCAAGAAGAAACUGAAGCUAUUGACCUAAUAGCUAUUGAAGCUAUUCGGUGAUUGCCUUCUAACCAACGAUUGCAUCUUUUGACUACUGGAGCAACUUAAAUCAGUCGAUUGGUAAGUGUUUGUUUGGCAUUAAAUGUGGGUGGAGGGAAAGGCUGGAUGCAAAUAUAGCUACAAAUGUACAUACAGCUAGCCUAAAUAGAAUGUUAGUAUAGAUUAACAGGCAGUUAUGCCGUGACCAAAUAUGUCUGAUUAGCACAUAAGUCAAUGACAUCAACAAAACUCACCUUUGUGAUUUUGUUGACUUUAUCGUUGGAAAUGCAUCUGAUUUGAGUGUUGCAGGAUAUCCACACAUCUCUGUCGUAGCAUCGCCGGUAAAAUGUGCAGACCAAACGAGGGACUUUCGCAUCUUUUGACACUGGUGCAACUUGAAUCCGUCGAUUGGUAUGUGUUUGGCAUUAAAUGUGGGUGGAAGGAAAGGCUGGAUGAAAAUAUAGCUACAAAUGAGGCAUAACGAUGCAAUAUGUACAUAAAGCUAGCCUAAAUAGCAUGUUAGCAUCGAUUAGCAUGCCGUGCCAAUUGAUGCACAUUCCACGUAAAUCAACUUGAAUCCGUCCCUGAUCGUGUUGUUACACCCUCCGACAACACACCGACGAGGCAUGAUGUCUCCAAGGUACGGAAAAAAGUCGAAAAAACGGAAAAUAACAGAGCUAAUUUGACUUAUGUGUGUAAUGUGUUUGAGAAAAUGGCGGAUUGCUUCCCAUUGUGACGUCACGGGUGAAAGGUCAUCGCUCCGACAGUGAACAAUUGAAAUGUGUUUAAAUCGCCAAAUUCACCCUUUCAGAGUUCGGAAAUUGGUUAAAAAAACAUAUGGUCUUUUUUCUGCACCAUCAAGGUAUAUAUUGACACUUACAUAGGUCUGGUGAUAAUGUUCUCCUUUAAAGCAGACUACUUAUAGCUUGGAUUGGGCUGGAAAAUAAUGUCCGCUACAACCGGGGACAUCAAAUGCACGCGUUAUCAUACGGGUCAUCAUACCGCGACGUUUUUAACACUUCGCAGGAAAUUUAAAAUUGCAAGUUAGUAAACUAAAAGGGCCGUACUGGCAUGUGUUGCAAUGUUAAGAUUUCAUCAUUGAUAUAUAAACUAUUAGACUGCGUGGUCGGUAGUAGUGGGUUUCAGUAGGCCUUUAACCUGCUUGCCGGUGGACCCUUCCUCACGCAACCAUCUCUUCGAGUAGCCUGUAUUUUGAGGUGGCUAAGAAUCCUCCACAGUCAACUUCCACGGGACGCACCUUCACUUUUCAGCCUUUUUCCCGUGAAUCGGCUGCAAGCUCAGCUUCUUCCGCUUGCAGGCCACACUGCUGCCAGCUUUAGGAAGGUUGGUCCUGCAGGUCACAAAGAUGUUUUCAGUGUUACUGGACUUGGACAAAGAGAGGGAGAGGGGCUUCCCACCAUAUCACUGGUUUAGGUUUGAAAUGUUCGACACUAUUUCACUUUAUUAUUGAAGUUUCCAACACACACUUGGCAAUUUGCUCAGCAUUUGGCUGACUUUUGACAUAUAAUGAAAUUACACACCUUCAAGAUUAUUCGGUAAACUCCGACGUGAUUUAAUGUGUGGUAAGUAAGAAUGGGUGAAUAGUGUGGACAACGAAUGACUAUUAGCCAUAAUCAGUGUGUGUAUUAUAAUAUUCUGCAGUCACAAGGGCUGGGAAUGUGGAACUCAACUUGUCUGGAGCCUGCUUGUCUAAAGUUGCACAUUCCUGUCAUUUUGUUGGACUAAACCCAAUGAAGUGCAGGGAGGGAAUGUUUCAAACUUUGUAUGAACAAUUCCAAUGUGGCACUUUUUGCUGGUUAUUUUACUUCAGUUUUUUUCCUUUUUUAAUCAUCAUUUUGUUUAUUUUUUAGUCACUAUGUCAUAGAGGUGCCCAAAAAAAAGUAUUUUCGAAUGAAUCAAGAUACUUAUUUGUAACAAUUCUUAAUCGAUUAGAAAAAGAAAUAAAAACAUAUUUUUAUUUUG